UCGAUCGACAGAUAUCUUGGACGGAGCCGGCCGCGCGCCCGGGCCUUAUAAGCUCUCUCUCCGCCCCCUGGCUCUCCUCACUUUGACUGGAAAGAAACACGGGUCGGAUCGAUCGAGCUACAGGAAACUGAACGCUCGCACUUUGCCUUGCCGAGGAGAAGGAAGGAGCUUAUUGGAUCGAUCGAAUUCGUCGUCGGCCUCGAUCGAUCGGCAGCUUGCAUUGGUCGAUCGAUGGGCGUCGCGUUCGGGUGCUUCGGACUCGGAGGAGGGUGCGUGCCGCGCGACGGAGAUCACGGCCAGCAAGCAGUGCACGAUCCCAAGCCGCUGAUGACGCCGUCGUCGAGCUUCGACUUCCGCGAGGAGUACACCAGCGCGUUCCGCACCGAGUCCUACAACGACUUCUGGGCGCGCGUCCUGGACAUCACCCUCGCGCACGGCGCCGGGCUGGUGCCUCGCCCGGGCGCCACCGGCACGGCGUCCAAGCGCCUCCCCUCCUACCGCCUCUUCGCCGAGCACCUCCUCGAGCCUGACCAGCGCGCCGUCCGCGCGGCCCUCGCCUCGGCCCGCAAGGGCCGCCUCCACCCUGGCGUGCGCGACCUUCUCGCCGCCUACUACAACGAGACGGCCAGCGCCUCCUUCCUGUGCAGCCACCUCCUCAAGGACAUCGAGCAGAUCCGCCUCCGCUACCGCCCGCUCAAGAACACGCUCCGAAAGCUCGCCCGCGACGUCGGCGUGUCCAGCCUCGCCGACGUCUCCGCCGCCCUCGGCCAGCCGUUCACCGCGCUGGCCGUGUCGCAGGGCAAGCUCCGCCAGGUGCAGCUCAGCUCCGCCGACCUCCUCAAGAGCCUGGACUCCAGCAGGAAGAAGGCGCGCCUCCGGAUCAAGACCCUCGCCCGCCUCAGACAGGCGCUCUCGGUCUCGCUCAUCACGGUCGUCGCCGCCGUGGCCGUCGUCGGCGCCUUCAUCGGCGUGCAUAUCCUGGCCGCGUUCGCGGCCUUCCCGAUGAUCAUGUCGCCGGCGUGGCUGGGCCUCUUCUCCGGCCGGACGGUGCGGCGAGCUCUGGUGCAGCUGGAGGCUGCGGCCAAGGGCACAUACAUACUGAACAGGGACAUGGACACCAUAAGCCGGCUCGUGGCGCGGGUGCGCGACGAGGGGGAGCACAUGCUCGCGCUGCUGCAGCUGUGCGUGGAGCACCGCGCGCUGGCCGGCGAGAAGGGAAGGCUGGUGCAGGAGGUGUUGAAGCAGCUGUGCAAGAACGAGGAGAACUUUAGGCAGCAGCUGGACGAGCUGGAGGAGCACCUCUUCCUGUGCUUCAUGACCAUCAACAAGGCUAGGAGCAUGGUGAUGAACUUCAUGGCUGCCGCGGAGCAGAGUUCCGGCUGACCACGAGAAAGACAAAUUUGUGCGUGUAGAAUGUAGAACAGCGUGUACAUACAUGCAUACUAGUUUUUAUUUUUCAGUACAGAAAAAAAGAAAAAAAAGAUAGGCAAAGAAUUCUCAACA